AACUGUUCCCACUUCGAAACAUCAAAACAGUAGACGUAUCCAAUUAAUGAAAAUGGAUCUGCAGAAUUCCGGUGCCUCUGCCCCAUCAACUCCUUCUUCUCAAAUCCCGGCCUAUGUCCUGGAUGAUCUGUGCAGCCGUUUCAUCAUCAAUAUACCAGAAGAGGAGCGUCAGGACCUGGUCCGCAUAUUCUUCCAGAUUGAACUGGCUCACUGGUUCUACCUGGAUUUUUACUGUGCAGAGACCCCAGAGUUACGAGCAUGUGGCAUCAAAGAUUUCUCAGCACAAGUUUUUCGGCAUUGUGCUUUCCUGUCUAGCUAUGCAGAUGAUGUUGACAAACGGCUUGCAGACUGGAAAACUUACAAAAUGUCUGUCCCGACAUAUGGAGCCAUCAUGUUGGACCCCGAACUAAAGAAUUGCCUACUUGUUCAGGGCUAUUGGGCGAAGGCUAGCUGGGGAUUCCCGAAGGGCAAAGUGAAUGAACAAGAAUGCGCUCUCGACUGUGCUGUUAGGGAGGUACUUGAGGAAACUGGCUUUAGUGUGGAGGACUUGGUGGACAAAAACGAAUAUUUAGAGAACCAGAUGAAUGAUCAGUUAACCAGGCUCUAUAUUGUACCGGGGGUGCCCAUGACUACAAAGUUCCAGCCAAAGACAAGAAAAGAGAUUAAGAGUUUACAGUGGUUUAACAUAGAUUUGUUACCUGCACACAAACGUGACCAGACACCUAAAACACAGCUUGGAAUUAACCCUAACUAUUUCUUCAUGGUGAUCCCUUUUGUCAAGGGAUUAAGGAAGUGGAUAUCAAACAGAAAGAACAGUGAAGAAAAUAACACUACAGAAACAAAGUCGAAAUCCAAGAGCAAAAAACAGGAUAUUGAGACAAAGCAGGUUUCAGAGAAACAGCGUUUAAAACAACAGCAGCAUUUUGCACAACAGAAUCAGAAAGAGUUCCAAGACUACCCGCAGUUGAAAGACUUGAAACCUGCCUCGUUGAAAAAAGGGAGGCUAUCUGCAGGCUCUGUGGAGAAAGGCACCUCACCAGGGAAACAAAAAAAGGUGCAGAUAUUGAAUCGUGAUGGUUCAGUUAGUGGAAACGUUCGCCGGUCACUCGCCAGUCAGUUGAAUCAUCUAGAAGGUGAUAAAGCUUCCUCAGCUGGACACAAGAAGACAAAGAAAAAGGAUUUUGGUUCUGAGGCUUGGGCAAACUUCAGAUUUGAUGUAUCGGCCAUUAUGGCCUGUUUACCGUAGCGAGGGAUACAAAGUCAGGAUACUUCCAAAUGGUCUGUUGUUGUGAAACAAUUCAUCAUGGGGCAUUCCCCAUACUACAACAUUGCACAGAGUGUCAUAUUGCCACAAUAUGGCUGCAAAUACUGCCAAAGUGGUGUUAAGCCAUUAUCAUCCAUCCAAUCAUCUUUCCAUACACUCAUCCUUCCAUACACUCAUUCUUCCAUACACUCAUAUGUUCAUUCAUUCAUUGUACCAGGUAGUACAUGUAUACCUUUGUAGUUUGACAUUUUUGUCCCAUGCCAUGCUGGGAGCAAGCAUGUGUGGUACUGUAUGCUAUGUGAUAAUGUCCAAACUCAUGACUCUGUUGAAAUUGAUUAUUUUGGUGGUUUUGAAUUUUGAACAUUCAAAAAAAUAAGGAAAUUCUACUUAUGACUCACCUUGAAUUGAUGAAUGAUAUGAAUGUUUAAAGAAGAUCAAGCAAGCCAUUGAACAUAGUGAUGUUAUAUUGGAAAGAGAGAUGACCUCUAGAUAAGGUCAUACUAAAAAAUCAUGCAUUAGAAGCAAAAGGGGUCCUCACAUCCUUGCCAAAGGGCCUAGCUGGGACUGCAUUUACAGGGAAUUUCAAGACCAAUAGCUGUGAAAACCUGUGCCUUUUUCCAAAAUUACCAAGUUGUACCAGUCCCAAAAAGAUAAGCUGCUGUUAUUUAUUUAUUUAUUUGAUUGGUGUUUUACGCCGUACUCAACAAUGUUUCACUUAUACGACAGUGGCCAGCAUUAUGGUGGGAGGAACCGGGCACAGCCCGGGGGGAAACCCAUGACCAUCUGCAGGUUGCUGCAUGACCAUAAGCUGCUGUUAAGCAGCAUCUCACCAAACCAAAGCCCAGGAACAAACUCUGAUUAACAAAUUAGAUUUUGCCACAAGGAAAUAGUAUUUUUGUUUGAUACUAGGGUGUAGAGAUUUUUAUGAACAAACAAGGUGUGAGACAAUAAAUUGCAAAGCCCUUCUCCAAAUCUCUUUUUUACGUUUAAUAUUAUUGGGACUCAAAGCCCUUUUCACAUCAUGCCAAAGUCUACUGACCCUUCCCCCCCCCCUCCAUCACCCUCUCACCUGCCGCC